UUCGGACUCCCCCAGUCACACAAUACCACCAGCACUAGGAGGGCGAAAGCUAGCACAGGCUUCCUCCGAGACGUGUGAGGCACCACCGCAUCUUUUAGAACUCCCGAUAAUGCAGCAUCAUUGGACAGCUGAACGCGCUGAGAGGAAAAACAUGCUGGAGCUGCUGGAGGAGCUACCUAACGGAGCGCCGCCUGACAAAGUGCGGAACUACAUCUACCAGCUAAUCAAAGCCAUCCACUGGUGCCAUAAGAAUGACAUUGUGCACAGGGACAUUAAGCCAGAGAACCUCCUCAUCAGCUCUGAGGACGUGCUCAAGCUCUGUGACUUUGGUUUUGCCCGUGACCUGUCUGAAGGAACUGACGCUAACUACACUGAGUAUGUGGCCACCAGGUGGUACCGCUCUCCUGAACUACUGCUGGGAGCUCCGUAUGGGAAAGCAGUGGACAUGUGGUCAGUGGGGUGUAUUCUGGGCGAGCUGAGCGAUGGGCAGCCGUUGUUUCCGGGCGAGAGUGAGAUAGAUCAGCUCUUCACCAUCCAGAAGGUCCUGGGACCCCUCCCUCCAGAGCAGAUGAAGCUUUUCUACAACAACCCCCGCUUCCACGGACUACGGUUCCCCACAGUGAGCCACCCGCAGACUCUGGAGAGGAGAUACCUCGGCAUCAUCAACGGCCCCAUGCUGGACCUAAUGAAGAACCUGCUGCUUUUAAACCCAAAUGAGCGUUUUCUGACGGAACAGAGCCUGAAUCACCCCGUUUUCCAGACGCAGUGCCACACGGACCGCACCGGCCCACCCACCCCUACGCCCAUCCGCUCCUCCAAGAGAAAACCCCACCAUGACAAUGCCGCCCUCAGCAGGAGUCACGGAAGUAAGAGCUCAGGGCACCAUCGUUCUAACAGCCGGGACUGUUCGAGCCUGCCGCGUCACGGUCAUGAUGACUUGCUCCCACCAAGCACUGAGGCCUUCCUGAAUGGCGCUGGGCCAGGCUCCAGUAGCCUGAGUCCCACACUGCACCCUAAAUCCUACCAGCCACCUCAGCCUCUCAACCGCUCGGCGUCAUGCGGGAAAGACCUGUCCAACCUGCCACAUGCCGGCCUCAGCCCCAAGAAGGCCAAAGCCAAAGCAGCCGACUUUGACUUCGGCAAGCCCUCGGACGGCCCUGGCGCCAAAUACCUCAAAUCCAAUGCCUCUCGUCACUCCCAGAACCGCCACUCCUUUGUAGAGGGCAAGACCAACACGCUGCAGGGGGAGCGGGAGAAGCAGGGUCGCCAUGGCUACGGCGAGUCUUCGGGUGGGAAGGGCUCUUCAUCAUUUCUGAGCCUGUCCAAGAGCCAUGGGACACUGAGUGAUGCCAAAUCCGUCAGCAACCUGAGUGACCCACGCCUGCUCCAGGAUGAGCUACCCCUGCCUUCAUCCCGCUACUUCCCCUCCAGCUGCCUGGACCUGAACGUCAACCUGAACCUGCCAGCACCGGGCAGCCCCAACCUGCGGCACAGCCCGUCAACCGGAGGCCGGACCAAGCCAGACACCUCGCUCCGCCGCUCUUCUUCACGCCACAAGAGCCAGCAGCAGGACGAGGCCAAAGCCACAGACCCCUUAGACCCCGGAGGGGGAGGAGGCGGAGGAGGACUUUCAGCUGCCCAUGACUUCCCCUACGGCCUGGGCUACACCAGCCCCUUCUCGUCCCAGCAGCGGCCACACAGGCACUCCAUGUAUGUGCGGCGUGAGCGAGGGCGGCCUCAUGGAGGGGACAUGAGCGGCCUGGCUGUUGGACAGGGGUUGCCCACUCGUGCCAGCAGCCUCCAAAUGCUCUCACCACAGCUGCAGCACCGCACGCUACCCAGACAUGUAGGCAGCUCUGCACCCCGAGACGAGGCCCCUGAGGAGAUCAGGGCAACCAUAUAUCACGAGCAGCAUCCAGAGGACGGGGGAUCGUCCAAGGAGAACCGCAUGAUCUAUAGCGAGUCUAUGCCCCGCAGGGUCGGCAGCUUCUACAGAGUGCCCUCUCCUAGACCAGAUAAUGCUUUCCAUGAGGGCAGCGGGCAGAGCUCAGGGAUGAACAUGGAGAGCAGCAGUCACACCAAACGCCAGCCCACUUAUGACCCCUGGACGGGGCCUGAGCCACUGGAUUUGAGUCCGCCAGAGCCAGCCAAAGAGAAGGAGAAGCAAGGCUUCUUCAGAGCAAUAAAGAAGAAAAAGAAGAAGUCUCAGACGGUGGAUGCUGGAGAAGGCAGAAGUCCUGUCAUCAAGAAAUGUCUUUUCCCUCUGUUUAACUCAAAGACUAGCUUUAAACGUAACUCCUCUGAGAGAGUACCUCCCCUAGUGGCCUCACCGAUGGUUCUCAAUGAAGGUCCGGAUCAGGUGGUGAUGCAGAAGUCGUCCAGGUCGUUCGGUCACCAGGGCAGCAGCCGGCACCGGACACGCAGCAGAGACCGUGAGAGGAGCCGGGACAGAGAGCAGGAACGAGAACGAGACAGCGAGUGGCCAGCCGAGAGGAUAUCUGAAGCCCACUCUCAGAACCAGCCACUCAAGUCCCUUCGCAAGCUCCUUCAUCUCUCCUCCUCAUCCUCCUCCAACCAACCUGCCACCCCAGACCUGCGUUUCCCCCACUCUAACCCAGGUUCCUCUAAAGGCGGGAGCUUUGUGGAAUCCCGGGGUCAUGUGGGAGGGGGCUCGAGUCAGUCCAAGUCCCGUCAGUACCCUCUCCCAGGUCAACUGGAGUCCACGUGGCACUCGGCAGCUCUGGCCCGAGCCGAGGGAAACCCAUACCCAGACCAGCUGGCCUCCAAAGCAGGCCAGAACGGACAUGGAUUUGGCCGCCCAUCUCGAUCACGGAUGCCAAACCUCAACGACCUGAAAGAGACGGCUCUUUAAGCCGAGGGAGCUCAGAAAGCUCUUGAACCACAGCACCGCCCUGAGGCCUGGAGGAUUAGAGAGUGAGGGACAGUGUUCUUGACCUCUCAUGAAUGCUAAGGGUAGGCCUGGACAUGUCUUAAUCUUUUUUUUUUUUUUUAAUCUUCCAUAUUUAAUAGAAUUUGUAAUAUUAUUUAUGGACUUACUGUAUUUUUUGUUAUUGGAUAAAUAUAAUUUCAAUGAAAAUAUACAUAUAUAUGUUUAUGUAAGCAUAAGAUGUAUAAUUACUAGUUAUAAUACAUUAUUCUGCAUAUAAUUCUUAUAUUUGGUUAAGGAUGUUGAAUGGUUUGUGUAUGAAAUAUAUAAGUUUAUAAGAAGAGCAUCAUUAUGACAUACGCUGCAACUUUUUCCGUUACAUUUAUUUUUAAACAUUGGGUUAAACAUAGGAGCUAAGAGCCAGAUCUAAUAAUAGACUGAUGUUUAUCACUUGUUAGCUAAUAAAAUGCAACAGGCAACAUGUCUGAGAGCUUUUAAAGGACAAGCCAGAGUCAAGUUCAGUAAUUCUGACUCCUACCAAAUCCUGCAGCGUCACACCACCACCUGCUGGCCGCAGUCGUUCACUGCAUACUGUACACAUCAAAAGUUUGCAUAAGUUUUAAACAAAAAAAGCUUGUUCAAAUGUGUAAAAGCCAGAUUCCAUUUGUAUAUUCUCAGGUUUAGUGUUAUUUAAACACUGUAAAUACUAUUUUAUUGCAAUAUUUUGAGACCAACACAGGAAAAAUUAGUUUUUAAACUCUUUCUCUGUAGAGAUCAUCUGAAUAUAUGAUUGUGUGGAGGAAAGUAGGUUCAAUAAUCAGCUUACUGCAAUAUGUAAACACAAUAAAUAACUAGCCACCACAUUAUCAAAGUUCAGCAGAUUUUCUUCGGAUAAGGCAAAAAUAUUUCAGUAAAUACUGCUAUUGACUUGAGUAGUAGUAAGUAGUUACACGAGAUGUCAAAAGCCAAGAAGAUCUGUAAAUACCUUAGCACAGAAAUAUGCAUCCAAAAAAUAAACUCUUUAAAGCAAGAGUUUGCAGGCUAAUUAGCUGGAUUUGGAAUAAUUGCUUCACUACUGUAAAUAUAUUAGGUUUAGCUUGUAUGGCAUUAACACCAGCAUCACACUACAUACAUCAGGAGUUCCUCAAACACCAGAGACCCAGAGAGUUUCACAGCCUCUUACUGACACACUUUUACUCCAUCACAAAUCUAUAGCCUUAACUCCUGUGUUUCUCAGAACAAAAUAAGAGCUCUACGCAAUGUUGUCAAAUGACUUUGGUUUCCUUAGAUACUGGCUUUACACACUGAAAUUUUUUCUGCAACUUUAGUUGCUUGAAAUUCAAAUGAAUGAAAAUUUCUGUUGGGUUGCGCAAUGUGAAAUCUCAGCUCAACUUCAUGGACCUAAUUUCAUGAAAUAGUCAGUCAAAAUGCCAGUAAUGUGACCACAUUAAAUGACAUGCUUUUAAACCACUGAUUUCACCAGAUCACUCGACAAGAAUAAAACAGAAGUUAAUCGUUCCAGUGGUGCCAACUAGUGACUGUGCCACGAUUUGUUCUUCUAGCAGUUAAGUAGCUAGAAACACUCUUCUCUUUUGACACCCCCUAAUUUUGACACCCCGUAAUUUUACACAGAGUUUAGAUUCAUUGAGAUCCAAAUUAUGAAAAUGACUACAAAGUAGUACUACGACGACAGCUGCUAAUAUUAAUUUCCAAAGGUUUAACUUCAUAAUAAUAUAGUGCAUCAAAAAGCUGCUGUUUUGGCUAACCAGUGGAGUAACUGAAUGGGUUGCAUGCAACUUUCAGUGUUUUUGAAAUGAUCUGUUAUGCCUGUCAAGUUGCAUGAAAAUCACGUUGCAGGCAACUCACAACAUGCAGCUAGUUGCAUGAAAGUUUUACCAUGUAAAACCAGCCUUAGGUUGGCUUUACACUGUGAAAGUUUCAUUAAAAAUGAGUUGCUUGAGAUUUAUUUGAAACUAAGUUUCAUAAAACAGCUAUUCAGACCACAUAACAUGCUUAACAUGCGCAGAACAGAUUAAAAUGAUGAAGUUUAGGUAUUUUUGGCAUUUUAAGCAAUCUCAAUGACUGGAAAAGAACAGCAACAAAGUUGACGCAAAUAUGCAAAUAACACAUCGUGGGUCGUUUUCUAUAUCGAGAAGAAUAUCACAUCUAAAAAAUACAAAUUAGUGGAGUAAUCAAACGAGUUGGUAUGUGAAAAUGCCACGUUGCGCCAGUGCCAAUGCAAUUAUGUUGCAUGUAGCUAGUUGCAUGAAAUUUUCACUGUGUAAAGCCAGCCUUAAAGUGUUUUUCAACCUACCGUUUGCCUGUAUAUGUAAUUUGUAUGCCAUGAACAAUAAUUUUAAUGCUUAGCAAAGGGUAUUUUUUACAAUUUCUUAUUCUUACAGUUGAAGCCAGUGGGCUGGUACUGAAGCAACUGGCAGUUCUAUUCUAUUUUAAAGCUGGCAGUGUACAUAAACUGAAACAAUGUCUUUAAAGGCCAAACAACACAGUGGGUUGAGUGUGUACAGUAUGCUGUGUGCUAAACAGAACUCCUGGUCACUGUGUAGUUUGGUCUGAGACCUCCCUCUGACUGUGAUAGGUCUUAAUCACUGUAUUAUUCAUUCUGCAACCUCGCCCAGACCACGAUUGGUCCUAAUCCCCACAUCAUUAGUUCUGAAACCUCCUUUGAUGUCAGUGGGUCCAGUGCAUGAAGUGGGCGUCUAGCGUACUUCCAUAAGCUUACUUACAACAUUCCUCAGCACUGGUUUGGCGAUACGUUCACUGCAUUUCAUUCUUUCAUCAUUUAAAGUGUACUGCUGGCUUAUUUUGGAGUAUACACAGACUGGCCUCCUUGUCUCACACUCUUUGUCCAUUUUAUCAGCUCCACUUACCAUGCAGGUACUUUGUAGUUCUACAAUUACAGACUGUAGUCCAUCUGUUUCUCUGCAUACUUUGUUAGCACCAUUUA